UAGGUAUAUACAUUACUGCUUUGCAUUGUGAUCGAAUCAUUGCAUGCACACCUGUGUUUCCAAAACUUUUGACUUGGAAUUGUAGAUUUGUUACUAUCAGAAAAAUAGAAUGUGAUUACUGGUGGAAAAAAUGUGAUUGUUGGCUAAUAUGUCUGUGGGAUGCUGUCAUGGAUCUUCUAAGUAUUGUGUAUUGCUGCUUGGCAUUUUGCUUAAUCCAUUGCAUUUCUUGUUUGCAAUUGUGUUCUUGUCACAAAAUCUUUACAUGACAUUUUGAGAUUUUUUGUCAGUCUCAAAGAAAUAGUAUGUGAUGUACUGAUGCCAAGUGCUGACACUAAUGCUUUGAUUUUAUUGGUAGUAUGUUGACUUAUUAUGGUACUUUUUCUAGAUUGAGAAUGCUAUACUUGGAGAAAGUUCUUCAUGGAAAGGUGCAUAAUGUAAUACGGAUCUGGCUUUUUUAAACAAUAGCUUACAUAAUGGAUUUAAAGCUCCACUUUAGGGCACUUGCUUCAGUGAUUAGCUCUGUUUCCAGUCUAAGACCUAUUGCAUGUCCUUGAGAUACAUGAUAAGCAGUGGAAUUUCACUUCAAAAUGCUACUCGUAUGGGUUGUCUCAAGAGGUCUUAUUGUUCUUGUUUAGUGUCUAAUUCAUGUUGCAUCUCUAGUGUUAUGGGUUUUUCCAUGAAAUACAGGAGCUUCAAUUCAAUUAUCGAUGUCAAUCUAUGUUGCUUUAAAGCAAGCUAAAUGAUUAUACUUUACUAAUUGGUUUUCUUUAACAAGAUAGGUGAAUUAUUGUAUGCUUAAUUUUGCCACUUGUGCGCAGAAAUUGAACAUAAUGUGAAAGCAAAUUUUCCAACAGUCAGACAUUAGAAAGAGGCAUGCUAAAGAUUUGUGCACAAAAGAAAAAAAAAUCAGUGAUACUUAUUUUAUCAUAUAAUGAGACUCAGCUGGAAGAAGAUGAGCAACUUGCUAGAGCUCUACAAGAGAGCUUGAAUGUUGAAUCUCCUCCUUGGUACGGAUAUGGAAUUGGAAAUGGCAAUGCAUACCAAGGAAAUGUAUAUCAACCCAUCCCAGUUCAGUUUCCAAUGGGGUAUAGGAUUUGUGCUGGUUGUAGUAUGGAGAUUGGUCAGGGAAGAUUUCUAAAUUGCCUCAAUGCAUUUUGGCAUCCGGAAUGUUUCCGGUGCCAUGCCUGCAACCAACCAAUUUCUGAUUAUGAGUUCUCCAUGUAUGGGAAUUACCGUUAUCAUAAAUCUUGCUACAAGGAGCGGUACCUUCCAAAAUGUGACGUGUGCAAGUGCUUCAUUCCAACAAACCCUGCUGGUCUUAUUGAAUAUAGGGCACAUCCUUUUUGGAUCCAGAAAUACUGCCCGUCUCAUGAACAUGAUGGUACUCUUCGGUGCUGCAGCUGUGAGCGAAUGGAGCCACAACACACAGGAUAUGUUGCACUUAAUGAUGGUCGGAAGCUCUGCCUAGAGUGCCUGGACUCUGCAGUCAUGGACACGAAUCAAUGCCAGCCCCUUUACCUUGAUAUACAAGAAUUUUAUGAAAGUUUGAAUAUGAGAGUGGAGCAGAAAGUCCCACUACUCUUGGUUGAGAGGCAAGCUCUGAAUGAAGCCCGGGAGGGGGAAAAGAAUGACCAUUAUCAUAUGCCAGAAACCAGAGGACUUUGCCUUUCUGAGGAACAAACAGUCAGCAGGGUAUUAAGGCGGCCAAAGUUUGGGGUAGAAAACCAAGCCAUGGGAAUGGUAACAGAGCCUUACAAAUUGACACGUCGUUGUGAGGUGACAGCAAUUCUUAUACUGUUUGGCCUCCCAAGGUUGCUUACUGGGUCAAUCCUGGCUCAUGAGAUGAUGCACGCAUGGAUGCGACUUAAAGGUUUCCAACAUCUCAGUCAAUAUGUUGAAGAGGGCAUUUGUCAGGUGCUUGCACACAUGUGGUUAGAGUCACAGCUUCAAUCUGGCUCAGGCAGCAAUGUUGCUUCAUCCUCUGCUUCUUGUGCUUCAAAAUGGGGUACAAUAUCUACAUUUGAGAGGAAGCUUGGGGAAUUUUUUAAGCAUCAAAUUGAAUCAGACACUUCUGCAGUUUAUGGAGAUGGAUUCAGAAUAGGCCACCAAGCAGUGCAAAAAUAUGGCCUUCAACGGACACUUGACCAUAUUCGAAUGACAGGAACAUUUCCAUAUUGAAGUCCUGAAUCUUGAUUUCUUACCAAGCUUUUCUUUAACACAGUUAAAAGCUUUGGUCUUUUUCCAUGUGACCCCAAGGCCAAAGCACACUGCACAUAGGAAUUGUUUUCUAGAGAGUAGAUUUCAGGAGUUCUGAUUUGUUUUUGGUCUCAUUGCUAUUACGCCAUUGGAUAUCUGCUUUAGGUAAAUUUAUUAUUUAAUGAGAAAAUUUUCAUUCUUUGAUUUCA